AUGACUGCAAUCAACGGGGAAGGGAAGGACCAAGUCAUAUUUGUUACCAAGGAAGAGCAUGAAAUUCCUAGCACUGUGGAACUGGUUGAGGAGGAUGCAAAUGAGGACAAUGAAGAAAAAGGUCUCAUCUUGCCAAGUGGUGAGAUAAAUUGGGAUUGUCCGUGUUUAGGGGGGAUGGCAAGUGGAGUAUGUGGAGAGCAGUUUAAGACCGCAUUCACCUGCUUCCACUUAAGUCAAGAAGAGUUGAAGGGCUCGGACUGUCUGGAGCAGUUCGGAAGCAUGCAGGAGUGUUUUCGUCAACAUCCUGAACUGUUCCCUCAGGAAGAUGAUCUUCAAACUGCAAAUCCUGGGGCAGACUCAGAGCAAAAAGAUUCCCCUUCUAUCUCUGACUUCAGCACAAGUGAAGAGUCUGGCCCUCUGCCUUCACAGUUGCCCAUAGCUACUUAAAACUGUAGAGAACCAAACUCCAUCUCAUAUUCCACAAAUUAUUUUUUACUAAAAUAUAUUUAUAUCUGUUUUUAUCUGUUAUAUUUAUAUCUAAGAUGAGACAUUAAAAGGGAGACGAGGAC